AUGAAGCUCUUCAACCUAGUGUACCUGCUGCUGCUCCUCGUAGCAGUUGUUGCACCACUCACCUCCGCCAGACCAGGUAAGAAGAAUGAUUUCCUCAACUUGAGGAGAAAAUACCACAGACACCACUGCCCACACAGACGCUGCCUGCCCCUCCACUCCAGAGUACCCUUCCCCUGA